UCGCAGUCAGACUGUGUAAGACUGAGAGUGUGAUAAAGGAGCUGAUCAGACAGACUUCAGUCACAUCUUGCAACGGAUCAGCUGAGAUGGAGGAGCUGAAAACGAAAACACGAGCUCUGCAGGGCCGACUUAACUCGAUGGAGAAAAAACUGAAUUCAUCUGCAGAGAGAAGCGAGAUCAGCUUCAUACGAGAUCAAGUGUCAGAGAUCAGCAGCAGACUAAACUCCAGCCGCCUUCACCUGGAUGAGCUGAAGAGAAACUCUGCAGAUCAUACCAGUGGACUGCAGUCUGUAGAGAGACACCUGGAGGAACUCAAGACACAAAACACAGUUCAGGCUGAUACCGUUAAACAGCUGCAGUUCAGACUGAACUCUGCUGAGAGUCAAGUAAAGCAGCAGCAGCAGCAGACUGACAGGACAGAUCAAACCUUGGAAGUGAUGAAUCUGCAGAGAAAACUCAAUAUGACUGAGAGUCAGCUGGACAAAAUGAACGCAGAGUUGGAGGUGAGACUGGGUGUCAGUGAGAAACAACUGGAAGAUCUGAAGACAGAAAACACAGUUAAAUCUGUUCAACUUUCCAUGAUGGAGUCCAAACUGAAAAACUGCAACAACACUACAGCGUUCGAGGUCAGACUGAGUGCCGGUGAGAAACAGCUAGAAGAUCUGAAGACGGAAAACACAGAGUUGGAGGUAAGACUGAGUAAGAGUGAGAAACAGCUCGAAGAUCUGAAAGCAGAAAAAACAGUUCAGUCUGUUCAACUUUCCUUGAUGGGCUCGAAACUAGUUGACAACAACAACACUACAGCGUUAGAGGUCAGACUGAGUGCCAGUGAGAAACAGUUGGAAGAUCUGAAGACAGAAAACACAGUUCAAUCUGUUCAACUUUCCUUGAUGGAGUCCAGCCUGACAGAAACUCAAAACAAUACUACAGCUCUGGAGGUCAGACUGGGAUCCACUGAGACACAACUGGAGCAGCAAACUGCGGCUCUGGAGUUCAGACUGAGUGUCAGUGAGAAAGAGCUGGAAGUUCUGAAGACAGAGAACACAGUUAAAUCCGUUCAACUUUCCUUGAUGGAGUCGAGACUGACGAAAUCUCAAAACAACGCUACAGCUCUAAAUGUCAGAGUGAGAGCCACUGAGACACAACUGGAGAUGCUGGAGAAUCACAAUGAAGUUAUAGAUGUCAGAUGUGGUGCCAAUGAGAAAGAGAUGGAUGAUCUGAAGACAGAAAACACAGUUCAAUCUGUUCAACUCUCCUUGAUGCAGUCCAAAAUGACAGAGAGUCUAAAAAACACUACAGCUUUGGAGGUCAGACUGGGAUCCACUGAGACACAACUGGAGCAGCAAACUGCAGCUUUGCAGGUCAGACUCGGUGUCAGUGAGAAACAACUGGAGGAUCUGAAGACAGAAAACACAGGUCAGUCCGUUCAACUUUCCUUGAUGGAGUCGAGACUAACAGAAGGUGAAAAAGACACAACAGCUCUGGAUGUCAGGAUGACAUCCACUGAGAAACAACUGGAGCAGCAAACUGCAGUUCAGUCUGUUCAACUUUCCCUGAUGGAGUCGAGACUGACAGAAAGUCAAACCAACACUACAGCUCUGAAAGUCAGACUUAAAAUUACUGGGACACAACUGGAGCAGCUGGAGAAACACAGUGAAGCUCGUGAGGUCAGACUGGGUGUCAGUGAGAAACAUCUGGAGGAUCUAAUGAUAGAAAACACAGGUAACAUGUAAUUUAUUUU